ACAUUCGAUGCUUCUAUCUUGCAGGAAUGCAUAUCUUCUCUCCGGCUGCUGUAACUUACUAUAAAAUGAUACUUUUACAAGCAAUCAUCUGAUAAGGAUUUAAUCUCAGAUUUCAUUUGAAACAGUGAACGUUUCUCUUCAAGUUGGUGAAAUGGAAAACAUGGCAGUCUUAAUCAGUCUACUCGCCUUAGUAGUUUUGGUAUACUCGGUGGAUUCGGCACCUAUAUUGGUGAACAUAACCUUAGCAUCAGGAAGUACAAAACUCAUACAGUCAUUGAAUUACCCAUCUAACUACACUAAUUAUAUGGAUUAUACUUGGAAAGUCAGUGCCCCUGAUGACCAGUCAGUUGAGGUCAUAUUCAUAGACUUUGCACUGGAAGAAGGUUACGACUUUCUUUCGGUUGAGUAUAAUCAUUCAGAAAGGAGUGGACAAGGCAUCCUCCUGGCGAACCUGACAGGCUCAACGUAUCCUACAAAACUGACCUCUCCUGUUAACAAUCUAUGGGUUCGAUUCACAUCGGACUACAGCAUUACAGCCCCUGGGUUUUCUAUUAAAGUUAAGGCAGUUCCCUUGACAGAUGCAGUUACAACCGAAAACAUCGCAACAACUUUAGAAACAGUAUCCCAGUCAACAACAUCCCCAUCCCUGUCGACAUCUCAUUAUACAGACCCAACCGUUUCGUAUUUAUCUGAGGACCAAACUCUCUUGACAACAAUGCAAACAGCAUCAACUCGAGGUGUGUCAGGGAGUCAAGAAAUGGUCGAACACUCUACUGGGUCAGUUCAAGAAAGUUCCGCUUCAUCUUCAUCAGAUAUGUUGUUUUCAACUGAUACAAUAGACUUAACAACGAUGGAAACAGCUCCCACAUCAAUGCAGCUGAUGGACGAUGCACACACAAGUGAACUGGUAACCACUGACACUAUCCCUGCAACUUCACCCGUUGUUUCAAAGAUUUCCGCGCACAUGACAUCCAAGGACACCACUUUUGAGAUGAUUGGCACAGUAACUCCUGAAGAUUCAUCUCAAUAUUCCACACAGUCAAACCUACAAACGACUAUUACUCCUUCAUCAGGGUCCACUAUUCCAUUGACAUCAAGUGACACAACCUCCCUACCAUUGCAGACAUUAACACUGACGACAGAGACAGACUCAAAUAGACAGUCUGAGUCAACUCUAGAAACCACCACAGAGUCCACUGUUUCAUUGAACCCAAGUGAUACCAAGCUGACAACGGAGGAAACGAAUGUUGUUACAACAGAAGUGAAAGAUGAGGUCACUUCUGGAACGAUCAAGAUCACACACAUGUACAUGCAGACGUCGGGUAACCCAACACAGGCCUCCUAUGAAGACACAACCCUACCAUACGAUAGUUUUACUUCACUCACUUCAAGAUUAUCUUCAGACAUAUUUCAUUUGACAAACAUGGAAACAUCAUCCAAUCCAUCAGACGCACCGGAUGCACAAACCUCGCAAGAAUGGGAAGAGCCCACAACAUUUAUUGCACAAACCCUACCAGAGAUAUCAGAGGACCCUGAAACGCCACCUUCAUCAACAUCGGCGAUAGGUGCAUCCAUCCAAUCGCAAACUCACGAUGCCUCCACCACCCAAGGAAUGAUGAAGUCAGUCUCUAUUACCGCAACAUCUUCAGAUUCGAAUACAGCACUAAUCCCAGCUUCCGAAGCAACAAUUAGAAGCACAUCAUACUCAACAAUAGAACCAAACGUUGACACCACAGAGUCCGAAUCUACCCAGUUACCCGGCACAACCCAUCCUGCAGAUAUGGAUAUUAACCUGGAAUCUGGAGAUUCCAAUACGGUGCAAUCUCCGAACUAUCCAUCUAACUACGAUAAUAAUCUUGACUAUUCAUGGUACAUCACCGCCCCGCUUGACCAUACAAUUAACAUUGAAUUCCAGGAGUUGUAUUUAGAAACAGGGUAUGACUUUCUUAGGUUCGAGUAUGAAUCCUCAGAUGGUUAUAGUAGUCGUACAUCAAUAGCCAACAUCACUGGAACAUCCCAUCCGUCUGUUCUUAUAUGCCCUGUCAACAACGUAUGGAUUCGAUUCACGACAGAUAGCUCCAUAACUAAAAUGGGGUUUUCAAUAGUUGUUACUGCUGUUGCCACAACUGCAGUGCCAACCUCAGCUACUGCUUCCACAUUACUAUCAUCCCCUACGUCACCACUCACUGAAACAGCUGGAUCGUUACAACCAUCAUUAUCGACAGCGGUUGCAGAAACAUACGUUCACCUAACAUCGGAAAAUUCCCAGACGAUCCAUUCACGAAAUUACCCAUCUAACUACGAUAAUGACAUUGAUUCUAUCUGGUACAUCACUGCUCCAGUGGACUAUACGAUCAGGGUAGACUUUGGAGAUUUCAAUCUUGAAACAAACUAUGACUUUCUUGUGUUCGAGUAUGAACCCUUCCCUGGUUCUAGUAGCCAUAUCACACUAGCAAAUCUUACUGGAACUUCUUAUCCGUCGUCUUUGGAAUCUCCUUCAAAUAAUUUAAGGAUACACUUUAUCACAGACUAUAGCAUCACCAAAACAGGGUUUUCGAUUGGAGUCACCGCAAUAUCAACGACUGGUAUGUUAUUAUCAACUGGUGCUACAUCAACAUCACAGACAGCUUCUCUCACAUCCAUUGUAAACGCAUCGCCCGUCGAAGAUACCUCAUAUAUUUCUACCUCUACUGAUGGUGCAUUAAGUUCUAAAGUGAUGACUAUGUCAACACCUGUACAUUCUACAACGUCAUCCGAUACAAUGGAAUCGCUUAACUCUGGUAGUUCUGCAGACAUGGAAAGAACGACCAGUCCUGAAGACUUUAAUUUAACUGAGAAUUUUACUGAGUCGAGACCAGAUGUCACUAAAUCUGAUGAUUUAGCUGUUGCCACUACCUCAACAUCCUUCACAGCAAACAUGGCAAAGGAAAUUACGUCUGGCACAACUCAGCAAAAAGACGUUUUGAGCGAAGAGUCGACCGAAACAACAAAACAUUUUGGUUCAUCACAUUCAUUCAUGUCAGUAAUCUCAGAGUUUCUUAGUACGACGGAACCUACAACCACCUCGUCACCGGCUGUCGAUGUACAGACGACUCCUCUUGUUUCGCGAAUGAUAACACCAAACACCGCUACCACGUCACUGACAUCUCAAUCACAUUCUCCUACAAGGCCUAUGUCAACAUUUACAGAACAAACCUCGGAUACUCAACAAACAAUAGAAGAAAUUUUGACUUCUUUGACUCCGACAACUUCUGACAUGUUAGAGGCUGCAGCUGCAGGAUUAACAUCUGAACCACCCAGCUCUAUAUAUUCAUCUUUUUCAAUAAUGACAACGAUACCCAUUAAUUUUCAGACAUCUGUUUUACAGACUGAUGGAGCUUUGGUCUCGAAUAUCAUCACCGAACGAUCUGAGACAGUUGCGCCGGUGAGUCAAGAGUACGUUUCCACGGAAUUAUCAUCUAUCGCAUCUCAAACGACACCAAACGCAGGCACUACUGCUGACUCCGAAUAUGGGACCGGGUCAUCCUCGAAUAUCAUCACCGAACGAUCUGAGACAGUUAAUCCAGUGAGUCAAGAGUACGUUUCCACGGAAUUAUCAUGUAUCUCAUCUCAAGCGACACCAAACGCAGGGACUACUGCUGACUCCGAAGAUGGGGCCGGGUCAUCCUCGAAUAUCAUCACCGAACGAUCUGAGACAGUUAAUCAAGUGAGUCAAGAGUACGUUUCCACGGAAUUAUCAUCUAUCUCAUCUCAAACGACACCAAACGCAGGCACUACUGCUGACUCCGAAGAUGGGACCGGGUCAACCUCGAAUAUCAUCACCGAACGAUCUGAGACAGUUGCGCUGGUGAGUCAAGAGUACGUUUCCACGGAAUUAUCAUAUAUCUUAUCUCAAACGACACCAAACGCAGGGACUACUGCUGACUCCGAAUAUGGGACCGGGUCAUCCUCGAAUAUCAUCACCGAACGAUCUGAGACAGUUAAUCCAGUGAGUCAAGAGUACGUUUCCACGGAAUUAUCAUCUACUAGUAUCUCAUCUCAAACGACACCAAACGCAGGCACUACUGCUGACUCCGAAGAUGGGACCGGGUCAUCCUCGAAUAUCAUCACCGAACGGUCUGAGACAGUUAAUCCAGUGAGUCAAGAGUACGUUUCUACGGAAUUAUCAUCUAUCUCAUCUCAAACGACACCAAACGCAGGGACUACUGCUGACUCCGAAGAUGGGACCGGGUCAUCCUCGAAUAUCAUCACCGAACGGUCUGAGACAGUUAAUCCAGUGAGUCAAGAGUACGUUUCCACGGAAUCAUCAUCUAUCGCAUCUCAAACGACACCAAACAUAGGGACUACUGCUGACUCCGAAGAUGGGACCGGGUCAUCCUCGAAUAUCAUCACCGAACGAUCUGAGACAGUUAAUCCAGAGAGUCAAGAGUUCGUUAGCACUGUAACUUCAUCCAUCUUAUUGCAAUCGACAUCUGCAGGGAAUCCCGAAGUUUCGAUUGAGUCAACCUCGAAGGUCGCUUACACAAGUUCUGAAUCACUAUUAGGCCUAUUAGUUAACUCAGAAUAUGCAACCGGAAGUACACCAUUGACAUCUAAGACAACUGGUAUACCAAAUCUGGGAGAAGUAACCUAUUUGAGCUCGAGAGUCCCUACUAGACCACCAACAUUGAAUACAGAUUCUGCUCUAUACGAUGAUACACCGUUUACCAGUACACCUUUGUAUUCGAUUAGGACUUCAAUGUUCACACUUCAGUACACAAACCGAACCAUGAUGAAGGAGUACAGCUUAUCAACUUACCAAAACGCCACGACUGUAAAAUGUGGCAAGGAAUGUUUAACACAUCCAAUCUGCGACUCGUUUGCUAUCAACAAGCAAAUGAAUAAGUGCAUCCUCGGCCUACAUACCGCUGUCGUUGGACACAUUUAUGAAGAAAUUAAUUCAUUCAUUUACGUAGCAACCAUCAAGUAUUCAUGAGAGUGUAAUGUUUUUGUUUUGAUGAUAUAUUUCAGUCUGGAGCGUCAUGGUAUUAUUUAUUUUCAGGAAAUUAUACGACAGUUUGUGUGAGGUUAAUAUAUUGGGCCAGUGGGAGUGGACGUGCAUGUUGGGGGGGAGGGGGUAGCUUGAGAUAAUGAUGAUAAUUAUGAAAUGCACAUCGCAAGUAUUUUUUGUGAGGCAGGGGAAUAUAAAGCAAGUGAAAUUAUACAUGAAUACAAUGGUUUAAACUAUAUAAAGUAGGUGCACACACACACACACACAAACACAUACACACACCCUCUCUCUCUCUCUCACUCAAACACACCCUCACACCCACACAUAUAUACAGUGCGUAUCAAAAAAAAGUUUACACUUAGAAAAAAUCCUGUAAAAUCAUAUAUUUGUAAUAUCCUGAAGAUUUUACCACAUUUUAACAUUGGUACAGAUCCAUUUAAGCAAAUGACGAUAUAACUGUCGAAAAAUAUUUCCGCUUGAGUGAGCACCACUUACUUUUGAAAAGUUAGUGAAAUAUGAUUUGCGCAGAACUUUGAAAUAGUUAUGCGAAUAAAAGUAGACCUCUAUCAUGACGAACACGUGGAAUUUAGCUAGUAAAAUUGAUUUGAAGAUAUAUUUUACCUUUUUUUUUAUUGUUUCCUUGCCCAAAACACUUCGAAGAGUGCAUUGUGCCCCACCCCACUCCCCCACACACUGAGGCCAUCUUGACGAUUUUUCUUUACCAUGAGCUGUGAUUUACAUGAAAUGGCUUAGGCUUGACUUUCAUUUUUUUAAUUAUUGUUAAGCUUGGGAAAUGUGUGGAGAAACAAGUAUUAAAUGAAAAAUGAAAUGUAAACCCACUUUAAAUGAUAAAAACUCAGUGAAAAAAUGCUGGAGAUGUCAGAUAUAAACUUUUGUUCAGAUUCAGUUAUGUCCCCAGAUCCAGCUGAAAUUUCAAUUUGGGUGGCAAAAUUGUUACAAAAUGCUUGAAUGUAUCCGUUUUAUUUCAAUUGACUAAAAGUGCAAGGGAAAUGUAUGAGAAAUGUUUUGCAGGGUAAGUUUGAUUUCGCCCUUUCCCCUUGACACAGCGUGAAAACAAGCAUUUCUGCGCAAACAGAUUUCUGCGAGCUUUACAAAAAUGGACAGUGCACACUCGAGUGUAAUAUUCUGUCAAAACUUUUGCUUUCAUUGGAUAGAUGAGACCCAAACCCAAGAUUAUAUGUGAAAAAAUUACCCACAUGUUGUAUAUUUUUUAAUUCCCACGGUUUUUUCAAAGUGUAAACUUUUUUUUGAUACGCACUGUAUAUACAUUUUUCUUAACUGUUACAUAACAAUUUGAUCAUCACAAACAUGACUAUAGUAUUAUGACUAUAGUUGUUUCUGUGAAGGGCGUGCAUCUUCAGCCAGUCAUCAUAGCAACAUCUGUCUGAGGUUGCGCUCUCUGAUUGAACUGAUACCACACUUUUGAAACUCCUGAAGAAGACGGAGGACCGUCGAAAAUUCGAGUGAACAAAGAAAAACUUUAUUGGCAAUC